CUUUUGAACUGCCGCCAAGAUGUACUAGGUCAGUUGUUUCCUACGAAUUUCAUAAUCCUACGGGCCAAAGAUAAGUCCUAGUAUAAAUUCGUGGAGGUACCGAUUCGAAAACAGUUCAAUUCUUCGACAGGCUUGAAGAUGAAGUUCCUCGUACUCGCCCUUGCAACCAUUGCCGUAGCAUCUUCCGCCCUCAUCGGUGGAAAAAAUGUCAACGUCCUCGACGAUGGCACCAUCGUUGUGCGCACUGACACCGGUAAGCAGAUCAUGAUUUCUAAGAAAAUGGGACCAUUCGGCCAACACCUCACCGAAAUUGAUGUCACUGGUCCAUUCACCAUGGGCAAGAAAAUCCAGAUCGAUGAAAACAACCUAGUCAGAGUAACCCCAGGAACAGGCAGCUUGGACAUGAGCAACAUUGAUCUCAUGGACAGGCUCAAGAGGUCCCCUAAGAUCACUACCCCAGCCACCCAAGCUGACGCUUUGGCUGAAAUCAUGAAAGAGUUCCAAGGAAUCAUCAACGAAGCCGGUUACGAAAAACUUUUGGCUAAAUUGCAAAAAUCCGUUACAAAGGGAAAACUUGACAGUACUGUCGUAGACUACAUCCAAAGCUUGGCAGAAGAGAUGCCAUGGCACACAACUGCUCAAACUGCCGCUACCACCACCACCACCUCCACCACUGGUAACACCCAACCCCAAUUUGUUGCUCCUAACAUGAUGGGAGUCAGGCCUUUACCUUGGUACAUGUGCAAUGACAUUACCUGCUUCAAACAAAUGAUGAUGAUGAACGGUAUGUACCAACAGAAAGCUCCCUUGAUGACUUACGACCAAUACAUGAGGAUGAACAUGUACAACAACAUGCGCAUGAACCCAAUGAUGUACAAUGGACAAAUGACACCUUACAACUACAUGCACACCACUUACCCAGUUAACGGAUACAUGGGAAUGAGCCAAGGUCUUCCCAUCAGAGACAGUCAAUACGACAGUGCCUUCAACAAUGACUUGGCCGCCAGAAAGAACUACUGGGGAGCAUACAUGAACAAACUUAACAUGAACUCAUUUGGAAGCCAAUACGAUGAACAACCCCAAUUGCCCGUCAACAAAGAAGUUGUCGACAACAAACUCUUCUAUUAGGAAUAUUAACAAAUUGACUGAAAUUUUAAAUCGGUAUUUUUGAAAUUGAUGUACUUUGAUUGUGUGAACAAUUAUGGUUUUUGUUGAAAUUAUGCUCUGAAUCCAUCUUAGAAUUUGGAGGAUUCGAGCAUAAAGUUUAUGUAUAUAUCUACGUUAUAAAGUAAAACGUUCGAUUUAA